GACUGUGCACUGGCCACCGCCGCGGAAGGCGCGGUGACACGCGGCACGUCGCGGUCGGUCACAUCUGAGCGAGGGGCGGCACUCCGGCCGGUGCAGCGGGGGGGGGGGGGGGGUCGGAGGUGACCUGCCCGGUCCAACACACCGGCAGGGCAACCGGUUCACGGCCGGUCGAUCCCGGCUGAAAACAGCGCAGCCGGAGAGACCGGCCCCAUUGCAUUGCGCGCGUACCGUGCGGCCGCCCGCCUCUCCGGAAAUGGCCCCUCUGAGGAGCUGGCUGGCGCUGACACUUCUGGUCGCCCUGAUCGGAUGUGAGGCAGCGCCGAGAGAGGAGGUCGCAAACACAGCGCCCUUGAAGGAGGGGGAACCCCAGGUGCAGCUGAGGGAGAGCAGCACAACUCCAAAGAAUGAGACAGAGGAGGAAGAGGAAGAAGGGCCUGGGUUCACCGAGCGAGUCCCCAGCUCCUGGCUGAGGCCGGUGAUUCCCGAUGAUGAGUUCGAGAGGCGCGCGUCACCACUCGUUCGAGACUCUCUGCUAGCCGAGGACCUGGACAUGGCCGAGUUCUCUGGUGAAGGGGAGGAUGCCCAAGGGGAGCCCUCUCAGAGUGAAUCUCCACCGUCGUCGAGUGAAAACUUCCAUAGCGAAGACGCACUUAUUUUGAGUGCUGAAGCUCAUAAGGAUGCUACGCCGUCCGCGGACGGUUAUUAUAUGAAGGCACCUUCCCACAGUCCUCUGGAUUUGGAUACUCCCUCCUCCACGUCUCCUCAUACUCCUCAGGAGGUAGUUACUCCUUCCUCCGUGUCUCCUGAGGAGCAGGAGGUCACCGAGAGCCCCGGCGAGGAGGAGACUGCCACUCGGGCCAUCCCGGAGGACUGGAAGCCCGACCUGCCGGCACCGGAGACGGAGGAGAACGCGGAGGAUGAGGAGGGUUUCGUGGGUCGCGAGCCGCCGCCACCUCCCAGUGAGACCAAGCUGUGGGUCACCCCGGCCAAGCUGGCCUCGAUGCCUGUCGUCCAGGUGGAUAAGGACACUGACUUGGCCGACUUCGGGAAGUUCAGACUGGCGGACGGCGUCAAAGCAAAGUUUGCUUCACCAGAAUUUCCGGACGAGUACCCACGCUACGUCUGGAACACAUGGCAGUUCUUGGCAGCCGAGGGCGGCGGACCGCUGCGUCUCAGCUGUGGCGUCGUCGACCUGGGUCUGGGCGACACGGUGCGGGUGCAUCCCGAGGGCGGCGAGAACUUCACCUUCCACAGCUACGACUUCCGGAUCGAGGUGUACGCGGCCAGCGCGAUGCUGGUGGAGCUGCGCUCGGACCGCCAGGACAGCGGUCGUCUGCAGUGCACGGUCCGCGCCGGGCCGGUGGACGCCACGGAGGAGGCCGAGACGGUGGAGGAGGAGGUCGAGGAGUUCCCGGCCGACCUGAAGAAGGUCGACCUCAACUACGCCGAGUGCGGGAAGACCAAGUUCAGCACCAGGAUUGUCGGGGGUACCGAGCCGCCCGCGCACGCUUUCCCCUGGCUCGUUGCCUUGCAGACCCGUAAAAGAAAGAAGCAGUUCUGUGGAGGCACUAUCAUCAACGAGCGAUUCAUUCUGACAGCAGCGCACUGUGUGGAUAGACGCAAGCCCACAGGAUUGGCCAUCGCAGUGGCGAAACAUAAGCGCAGGGACGACCCGACGGAGAAGAUCUUCAACGUCAAGAACAUCAAAAUACACGAGAAGUACAACAGGGCGACCCAGGAUCGAGAUAUUGCCAUAAUUGAGUUGACCCGGUCACUGCGAUCAAUGAUCGCCGACGAGAGGGGCUGGGUUCGCCCGAUCUGUCUCCCGAGAAAGACGUGUCGGUCGGAAAACAACUGCUACACGGCUCGCUCUGCCAUCCUGGCCGGCUGGGGCCUGCUCGACUCCACCUUUUUCGAGGGACCUGCCACCGUGCAGUACGUCAAGGUGCCCGUCCUGAGCAACAACCAGUGCCAGGAGAACUACGCCAAGGAUCGGAUCGGCAUCACGAGGAGGAUGGUGUGCGCCGGCUACCCGGACGGCGGCAAGGACAGCUGCCAGGGUGACAGCGGCGGCCCGAUGGCGGUCGUCAGUGCCGAUGAGGUCUACACACUGGCCGGUGUGGUUAGCUUCGGUAAAGGCUGUGCGCUGCCCGGCUACCCGGGAGUCUACGUUAGAGUGUCCGAGUUCACGGACUGGAUCCGAGACAACACGCGGCUCUGAGUGCCGGUCCGGUCCCGGCGUUCGGCAGCGGCGCAAAAUUCCAGAGACGAUUGGGCCCGGGUCGAGAGCUGGCUAAAUGUGGCGGCUGAAAACGCACGUCACUCAAGCUCGGCUCGGUGCAGUCCUCAUUUCCGCUGGACUGGUGCUAGACUUUGAGUUGUUCCUGCAGCGAGCUGCGUGUGUGCUAAGUGCUAACUAUAGACAAUUUUAGCAUGUUGUAGUUGUGCUAAGGUUGCUGCAAGAGAAUUGGUUGUAAGAUGCAGCAGAAGGUUGUGAUGGUACUAGGCAUUCAACAUGUGAUCACUAACAUGGGCUUGUUUUUAGCAAUACAUGUACUCAACUGGUUUUAUUAUAAUCAAUCCCACAAUUGUAUGAAAUGUAUGUAAUGCAUCACUGU